UAUAUGUAAACAAAUGGUGGAGGCGGGUCGUGUUUAUUUUAUCGAUUAAUUCUGAGCGUUAUGAUUAGAUGGAUUAUGAAAAUUUAAUAAUCUGUGCUAAUUCUGUUAAGUAUUUCAUAGUAAAAAAACAAUGAACUAAGAUGACAAGUGCUAUUAUCCCGUUCAGCAACCAGGGGCCUAUUAAAUUGCCUCCUGGAAGUUUGGAACCGGUAGAUGAGUUGUCAGGAGACUCUGAUCUUGAGGACUCAGUUGACCUUGAUACACCCUCUGAUCGAGGAUUAAGCAACAUAGAAGAGGAGGAUGAGGAUGAUUUGGAGGAUAGAGAGGAAGGUUCUAUCCGAGAACGGGACACAGUGUUUGAAAAGAUUAAAGAAACCUUGUCUAAAACGAUUGAAAGGACAGAUUCAAGGGUAUCAGACUUGAGUAGUGUUAGUGACACGAGUGACAGUCCUCAUGUUCAAAUUUCACAGCAUUAUACCUCAGUGCCGUACGGAAUUCAACCAAGAGCAACCUAUGAGCAUAGCAGCUUGCAUGCUGAUAUUAUGGGAGUGGCGUACAAUGGGAGAAUGCGACAGUUUGUCAUUCUUGAUUCUAAGGGAAUCACUACAUGGAAACGAGACCUUGUUGACCCUAGAGUACGACGAGCGUUGCAGUAUCCGAAAUAUGAGUACCGUUUGAUCAUGAACAUCGUAUAUGCACCAAAAUACAACUGCUACUUUGCGUUGGGGAAGGACUUUUCUGUAAAGGUUCUAAACCGUGAUUUUGAGGAGACAUGCUCGGUAAACACGGACAUGCGUUCUGUUCUCUACAUUCUGUUUAAUCCAAUCAGAGAUGAGCUUAUAACUGGAGGUGUUGGAGGGAUCAAGAUCUGGCAGUUUCAACAGGUUGCGGGGAAAGCGUUUACUGAGCUCAAACCAUUGGCUAACUAUGAGCUUCGAAUCAAGGACACGCUGCCGAAUGUCGGAGGUAGCUGGGUAAAGAAAGUAGAGCUGGAUUACAACCUACAACACCUGUACUGUUGUUCCGACACAGAUCUACAUGUGUACGAUCUUACGGGGAAACUGCUGUUCAAGUUUGAGAGAGCUCACACCAUGUCAAUAACUGGGUGCUGUUUUUCACCAUCAGCCAAAGUCCUUAUAACAUCAUCUGUUGAUUCUGAAGUAAAGGUAUGGAGUCUAACCGGCGGACUGGUUCACACUUUUCGCGGUCAUUCUCGAGCUGUAACCAGUCUGAUUCUUCACCCAGAAACUUCUUCCGUCAUUAUCACAUCAUCACUGGACGGUUCCAUCAGGAUGUGGUCGCUGGACACCAUGGAUCUUCUGUCUAUGCUUGUAGUAUCAGCCGACGGUGUUUUGUGGAUGGGCCUCACAGACGAUCGAAUGUUGUACAUCAGUACCUGCCGAAAUAUUACCCUGUGGCACCUCAACAAUUUCUUCACUUUCUGGAGUCUUGCCAGAAACCAGGUCACAAGUCUAUCUUUAGCAAGUUGUGAAGAGAAGACAACUCGAAUUGUUGCAGUGGGUGAUGAUAGUAGUGUGCGUAUGUUCUGCCGUAGCAACCAUAAGAACAUCACGACUGUGUUACCUCCCCCUGACAUCUCGCCACUACAGAAGGUGUUGUCUGUCUGCUACAGUCGCGAGAAAAACGCUGCGUUUCUGCUUGUCAACAACAGGGAAAUCUGGGUUUACACUACAAGGACCGAUCCCUCGAGUCGUAUAGCGAUAUGGAACGUCCAUGACCUUCAACUUCCCUACAUCAGUGGCGACACCUCCCUGCUUCCUCCGGGAGUGGUAAUUCAACCCCCUAGUCAGACUUUAGCUGCUCACCGGGCGACUGAGAAUGGAAAUGGAAAUGAGUCGGUGACAAACUGCUGUAGUCUGUGUAUCCUCAACUCAACAGCCAUGAUGUGGACAGAUGAAGGCUUGUGCUGUCCAAUCAGACACACUUAUCUUCUGCUGGGAAUGGAGGAUGGCCGUAUUUUAUUUAUGGACCCUGUCAUUAGGGGCCAGAAAUAUAUGGAGUUCAAGGCGUCAAAAGACCCGAUACAAGAAAUGAAACACGAUGUAGCACACAGCUGUUUAAUCACCAUGUGUCGACUGAAGACCCUGGUGCUGAUACAGAUCUGGGGUUUACCUCAUCUGGACCCCAUGUACGAAUUCUACUGUGGCCCUGAUAUCACCUGCUAUGCUAGAGUGGGCCUGUCUAUUCUGUCAGGUCACGAGUGUGGUCAGGUCAACCUACAUCAUCUCGAACCUGUUGAGGACCAGGGAAUCUCUAAACCAAAACAGGAGCCAGCAUUUGAAAGUGUUGUUGAUGAAAAACGCAGACCAGAACACCACGCCCCAUUGGUCGCGCUAGAUUCACUGGCCUCACUUCAGAUAUUUGUGACAUGCAGUUCUGACGGAGCGAUCAAGAUUUGGGAUGAGAACAAGGUCCUCCUUACCGAGGUGAUGCUCGAAGAAUCGCUCAGUGCCGCUGUAUUCCUCAAUGAGAUGGGAGACCUUCUUGUGGGAUUCAAGAACCACAUCUUCUACAUUGACCAUUCUAAAUUGUGCCCUACUUUCAAACCCCCGGAGAUCGAAAUGGAAACGUCCGACCAAGAGUCUGAUGUGUAUGAGGACCCGCGCGUGCUGUAUGAGAUGCUUCGAGAGGAGGAUGAGCCGGUUACACUGGAAAACUAUCUGGUACCAUAUGACCAUCUGGAGUUUGACAAAGACUUCCUGGAAGGAAAGACAAAGAUUGAACAACCUAAAACAGCUGCUGAAGCUAUGGCGGAAAGUGAGGAGUCUGAAACAGAGACUGACAUUUCCUUGGCCCCAUCCUCUAUAUACAUGUCUCCAGCCGACAGUAUCGAAUCCCUGUCCAUGAUUGAUCUAACACUAGGGGCAGACUACUCUAAAUACGACCUUCGGGACCAAAUGAGGGCCACAUUGGAUCAGAUAGGGAUUAGAGCCAAAGAGGAAAAUAAGUGGAAAGAUAUGAACCGCGCCAAAGUGUACCUUAAGUUGCGUAAAAUCCAGAUCGCUAAUGCAAAGACCUCUAAAUAUGUGCAUAGAAGGAGAAAGAAAGAGGGCAAGAAACGUAGCAAGAACAUAGCCAUAGAGGCCCUAGCACAGUCUGACAUGGAGGAGCGUGAAAUCGAGAUGGAAAUGGAGAAAUUCUCUCUGCCAGCGUUUGGAAUGUCCCCUGGGGGGUCACCUAGCAUUACCCCACCAUCAGGUCAAGCUACUCCCUACAGAGAUCAGAAUGAGGAGGAGUUUGAAGAGUAUUCAGAUGAUGAGAGAAGAUCGCGACCUCGAGGAUUUAUUCCCAUAAUUCCAGCUGAUAAACAAGGUGCCUCCGGAUCAGCGCUAGAGAAACAACUCGCCAACUAUGAUGAAAAAGACCAGGAUGGCGUUACACGUCGCGUUAAGGGUACCAAAGUAGACGUUCGGGGCCUUAUGAAGAAGAGGCGUAUUACAUCUGGCAGGGCCCCCUCGUUAACACGACGAUCGUCGACAGACCACACCCACGAUGAGCAUGAUCAUGAUCAUGGACAUGAUGACAAGAGACCAAAGAAAGAGAUUAAGAAAAAACAGCAGCGGGAGAGACAGGUGGACAUGAGCAAACUGGCAAGUCUCCCGCCCAAUCCUCCGUCCAUGUUGACAAGGAAACGGAGCCUCGGCGACCAGCAGAAAAGCCUAGAGUUUAACCUGCUUCAUAGACCUGAGAUCCAUAGACAAUCAGAUGGCAGCCAUGAUCCAAAUCUGGCCCAGAUUCACUUUGACAACGAAAUGGACGCAGAAAAACUCCAAGAGGAACAAUGGGCACAGGAAGCUGCUGUGACUGGACAACCGUUAACUUUACCACCCCAGAAAGACAAAAACAAAGCAAGAAUGACUGAUAGAGAUAAAGUUGACCCACGGUCACUGAGACACAAGGACAGGAAACAGCUUUUCGGUGAUAAAGAUUCAGUCGAGGGUCAUAUUCCAGGAGUUGGCUCUUCGCCAACUGCAGAGUUGGAAAAGUUGGAUUGGUCAGAGAGCGCUCCAGGGGAGAUAACAAAGCACAAAGAAAACCAGGUUAAUGAAGUUGGACAGAGAAUUGAAAUCACAGAUCAUAGCGGAAAAAGUGCAACAGAGGAAGGAAUCAUGGACGAUGUUCGUGACAUCGAUUCCCGUGCACCGGAGACACAAAUGCAGCGAACAAAGAGGCUAGGAUACAAACUGGACUCAGACAAAGUUUUCGAAAACGAUAAAGGCGAAAAAGUGAAUGGCAUGCCAAGUAUUGCCAUUAAUCGUAAAGCGAGGCCGAAAUUGAAUGUGUACAUCCCGCAAGCUGAGAGAGAAAGCGUGUCCAGUGCAAAAUCGUCACGGAGAGGCUCACCAGACUCAGGCAUAGAUGAAACUGGAUUAUCCACUCAGGGCUGUCAGACGCCUAGAUCUCUGCAGAACAAGCAUCCGGGUGAUACAGAUGAUGAUGACACAACUCUCCCUGAAUUAUCUGCCCCUGACACCAGUCUUCUGUCGGAAGAAGAUAAGGCGAAUGCUAUAAAAAGGCCAGCAUCAUCGUUUACUGGUCUUCGUCGAGGCCAGUUAGAAGGAGAAAAGCUGCGGGCUGAGCGACCCCACACAGCACAUGUUCGAUUUAAAGCUGAGUUAGAGUUUAUAGUUGAGCUACCAGAUCAAUUAGAAGACCUGCAGUCUGCUUUUGAGGAGGCAUUAAGAAAAUAUCAGGAUUUGCCGGGAACGCCAGCAUUAAUCUCAGCAGAAACUCUUUACAGAAAUGACGGAUUGCAUUUUGAAGAUAACUGGCAGGAACGGGUCAUAGAAAGACACACAUUAUUACGAAUGCAGAAAGAGAUUCGGGCCCAGUCGGCGGCGCAGCGCAGGCAAGCCAUCGAGAUGAUACAGAAAGAUAAACACACACAAAAACUAUUCACCUCGAGGUGUGAAUCUGCUAUUGGAGGUACAAUGGACACAGCCAGCAUACAGACAGUAAAGCGCGCAAACACCUCCAUGUCCGUUCCUAUUUCCCUUGGAUACGGGGUCAACAUGGGGCCCCCUCCCUCAAGGGAUAAACCUCGCCCUAAGACUGCCUUCGCUGAUCUCGAAAAACAACAGAUUCUGAAAAAUGAGCUUAGCCAAGAGAAGGCAUUUAGGUACAGACUAAGCAAGGAUGGUGUGUCAACUGCAAGGUCACGACCAGCAAGUUCAAGGUCAAUAUCAUCUGUAGCGGACUUCAGUCCUCACUGGAUAGACCCUCGAAACCCUAGUGCUUGGAGGCCAAAAUCUAGUAGAUCUAUACCGAGCAAGUGCAAUCGAUAUGUCCUCGUGAACAAACCCAAGGAAAAAGUCUCGGACCCCGUACCAUCACCAUUAGAAGAACAACUCUUGAUAGAACGAUUCCCAAAAAUGGGACAGAAAAUAGUGACCAUGCCCGAACUAAUUACGCCGCGGAUAAAGAAGUCGUACAAUUACGAAUAUAGUCCUUUUGUUUAUCAGAGAUUAGCAUAGUGUUGUGUGGUUAUCGGUAGUGUUUUGUUGACUUACUGAGGUGCAAGCCUCUGAUACUGGGCAAUUGUCAUAAAAAGAAAUAACGGCCAAUGAAAAUCAUGUGACCAUCAUUUAAAGUCAUGUGACUGUAAAUUACACUGUUGUAGGUGUUUCAUUAGUCAUCAAAUAUUUACAGCAACAAAUAUUGAGGGGGGUUGGGGAUGGGAUAUUGUCAUAAAGGGAAAUCCCUGCCAUCAUGAAAGUCAUGUGACCAUGGUAUAAGACCAUGUGACUGCUGUACACAUUUUAUUUAAGUCUUAAAAUAUUUAUGAUAGCACAAAAUGAGGGGGCUUAGGGGUCGGGAUGGUCAAUGAAAUCACAAGUUGAAUAUAUAGUAUGAAAUAAUUCAAAAUCAUAAAUGUUGGAAGUGAUCAUCAAUAGUAGCGAAAGGGGAAUGAUUGUGCUGAGUUUUGUAAUUAGCAAAUAAAAAAUAGAAAAAAAUAUUUAGAUUUGGUAAUUGAAAAUGAUAUGUGUAAUACACAUGAAAACUCAUGUUAACAAAUAAACAUGAUCACAGUGAACUGGUACACACAGUGAACUGGUUCACACAGUGAACUGGUACACAGUGAACUGGUUCGCACAGUGAACUGGUUGCACAGUGAAUUGGUUCGCACAGUGAACUGGUACACACAGUGAACUGGUACACACAGUGAACUGGUACACAGUGACCUGGUACACACUGUGAACUGGUACUCACUGUGAACUGGUACACAGUGAACUGGUACACACAGUGAACUGGUACACAGUGAACUGGUUCACACAGUGAACUGGUACACAGUGAACUGGUACACACAGUGAACUGGUACACAGUGAACUGGUACACACAGUGAACUGGUACACACAGUGAACUGAUACACACAGUGAACUGGUACACACAGUGAACUGACACACAGUGAACUGGUACACAGUGAACUGGUACACACAGUGAACUGGCACACACAGUGAACUGGCACACACAGUGAACUGGUACACAGUGAACUGGUACAUCAAGUGAACUGGUGCACACAGUGAACUGGCACAAAGUGAACUGGUACACAGUGAACUGGUACACACAGUGAACUGGUACACAGUGAACUGGUACAUGAAGUCCAAGCAAACAACCAAAGUGAACACUAUUUAAGUCUUUAUCUGGUUAAAACUCAUAUUGUUUCCAUCUAUCAAAUUUAUAAUAUAUAAUUGUGCUAUACAUUUCACACAUUGUGAUAUGAACUUCACAUUUUGUGCUAUACACUUCACACUUUGUGAUAUACAUUUAACACAUUGUGCUAUACACUUCACACUUUGUGAUAUACAUUUCACACAUUGUGAUAUACUUCUGAUAGAUGUUGUGACUGACUUUCACAUAUUUUGAUAUACAUUUCACACAUUAUAUACUUUUAACAUAUUGUGAUAUACUUUUUGUACACUAUGAUAUACUUUUCACACAUUGUGAUAUUCUUUUCACACACUGAUAUACUUUUCACAUGUUGUGAACUAUUUUCACACAUUUAUACUAACACACAUUGUGAUAUUCUUUUCACACUUUGUAAUUUACUUAUCAAACACUGUGAUAAUUUUUUCACAGACUAUGAUGAACUCUUUAUAGAAUUUGGCAUAAUCAUAUUACAUGAUCUACACAUUGUAGUGUUUAGCCGGUGUUGCAUUUUUGCUUUCCUUUCCUAUAUGAUAAACAUUUAAAUGAAGUUUUUAUAUAGCAACUUACUAGAAUAUAUACAUAUAUAAAAAAAUGAAUUUGAAGUAUGAUUUUAUAAGCAUUUUAACACUGAUAUGCCAGUUUAUUUUAUUAAAAAGGUAGAUGAUGAUGAUGAUGAUGAUGAUGAUGAUGAUGAUGAUGAUGAUGAUGCAGCUAUUAUGCAAAUUGUUUGUGUGUUUUUAAGGAAUAAACAAAUUGAUGAAAAUGAUGUAUGUUUACAAUGUUCUUAUUGUAUUAUGCUUGUUAGGUAUAUAUGACUUUAUAUCUUCAUUGGAAGUAUGUUGUUUUUUAUUCAUUUAUAUAUUAUUGUUAACCUCUUGAAGGAUGAUGUUUUGAUUUUAUAAAGUUUAUCUAUAAAAGAAUAGAAAUAAAUUCAUG